GUCGGGGCUGUCACGUGACCUUCCGAGACAGCGAGACGGAGCAAGACGCAAUCCUGCAAAAAUACAGAAAUCCAAAACUUGUGCAAAUCCAGCUCGACCCUGCGCAAACUGGUUCUGUGGAGCGGAGGUCGCUGCAGCAGUUGAUGAUGUCAUCAGUGAAGGUGGAGUGUGUGGUGAAGGAGAGCUGUCUGAUUGGUGAAGGGCCCGUGUGGGAGGAGUCAGAGCAGACUCUCCUGUUCGUUGACAUCGCCGGGCAGAAAAUCCACCGCUGGAGCCCGACGACCAAUCACAUCCAGUCCAUGGAGACAGGUGCCAUGGUGGGCUUCGCGGUGCCUCGCAGGUCAGGUGGUUACGUGGCGGCGGCGGGACGCAGCAUCGUGGCUGUUGAUUGGUCGAGCCGCACGACGUCACGGCUGCUGGAGGUCGAUCAGGAAAAACCCAAAAACCGACUGAACGACGGGAAGGUCGACCCCACGGGACGACUGCUGGCAGGUACCAUGGCGCUGGAGGAGCGUCCUGCGGUGCUGGAGAGGAAGCAGGGGGCGCUCUACUCCGUGACCUCCGACCUGUCUGUCACCAAGCACUUCGACCAGGUGGAUAUCUCUAACGGGCUGGAUUGGUCUCCAGAUGAAAAAGUUUUUUUCUACAUCGACAGUUUGGCUCUGAGCGUCGACGCCUUCGACUACGACACACACACCGGAGACAUGAGUAACCGUCGUGUGGUGUACCGCAUGGCAGAGGGGGAGGGGCUUCCUGACGGGAUGACAGUGGACGUUGACGGGCGGCUCUGGGUGGCCUGUUACAGCGCGGGGCGGGUCAUCUGCAUCGACCCCGAGACCGGUGUCCGGCUGCAGUCCGUCUCUCUGCCGGUGAUGAAGACGACCUCGUGUUGUUUCGGCGGGCCGGACUACAGCGACCUCUACGUGACCUCUGCCAGCCUGGGGCUCGACCAAUCAGAGAGCAGACAGCAACCUCUGGCUGGAGCCACCUUCAGGGUCACUGGUCUGGGGGUCAAAGGUCGUCCCUCCAACUCGUUUGCUGGAUAGCCCUCAGGAGGCGGGGCUUCGAGCUGUCAAUCAUCUCAGACUCAGCCAAUAGCAUGAACUCAGAUCAGCUAAUUAACAUGCUAAUUAGCAUCUAAUUAAGCCUAACAAGCAGAGACAGGAGGUCUGGAGGCCACGCCCACAGCUCUGUGAUUGACAGUUUUAGCAUAUUAGCAUCACAGCAGAAAGACACUACAGUUACAUUAGAAUGACAUCACAGUGACGUCACAGUGACAUCAUCAUCACAUUGCCAGAAUCUGAUUUUACAGCAGAAAAUCUCAAAUUCUGGAUUCUGAAUUCAAACAAAAAAUCUUUUAAUUUUCUGUUUAUUGUGAAACAGUAAAUAUGUAGUCAAAUCUUCUUUAUGAAAACAGGAUUAAUCUCAGCUCCUCGUGAAAGUCAAAGAGUAAAAUAAACUUUGAUGAACAGUAAAGGCUCAGGGCUGCAGCGCCCCCUGCUGGUGGAGGCUCAUCCUGCUGCUUCCUGUGUGGUUUUGUGUAAAUCAGUGAAAUUAAAGUUCAUCCUGA